CUAGCUGCUCUAGUCUGCAGACAGACAGGCAGUAGGCAGGCUCGAACCGGGCGUUUUUCACGGUGGAAGUAACCCAGCAGCCAGAGCCCAGGGGCGGCCGGUGGGAGGAGGCAGAGAGUCCGCAGCUGCCGCACCGCACAGCCUCUUUGACAGCCGCAAGAGGAAGGAGCCACCCGCACCAACCAAUGUCUACGGAUCUGUCUGAAGGCCAGGACCUCGACGGCUUGAGAGAGCACGCAACAGACGGAACGACCAGACCGUCAGACAUCUGCAGCGGCACAGCGGGCAGCAGCAUGGCGUCCAUAGCCGAGUACUAUGCUGGCAAGAGCGUCCUGAUCACGGGAGCCACCGGCUUCAUGGGGAAAGUGCUGGUGGAGAAGCUGCUGAGGUCAUGCCCCGAGGUCAAAGCCCUGUACAUCCUGGUCAGACCCAAAGCCGGACAGUCCAUGCAGCAGAGGGUCAGCGACAUGAUGAAGUGCAAGCUUUUCGACCGCGUGAGGGAGGACAACCCCGACUUCCACCAGAAAAUCAUCCCCAUCAGCAGCGAGCUGAUGCAGCCGGGCCUGGCCAUCAGCCCGGAGGAUGUGGAGAAGCUCACCGGCUGCAUCAACAUCGUCUUCCACUGCGCCGCCACCAUCCGCUUCGACGAGCCGCUCAAACACGCCCUGCAGCUGAAUGUAAUCGCCACGCAGCAGCUCCUCAGCCUGGCCCAGCAGAUGCACCACCUCGAGGCCUUCAUUCACAUCUCCACCGCCUAUGCAAACUGCAACCGCAAGCACAUCGAUGAGGUCAUCUACCCGCCGCCCGUCGAGCCCAAGAAGCUCAUCGAGUCUCUUGAGUGGAUGGAUGACGGCAUCGUGCGAGACAUCACACCGCGGCUCAUCGGCGACCGGCCCAACACCUACACCUACACCAAAGCCCUGGCCGAGUACGUGGUGCAGCAGGAGCAGGACAAGCUCAACAUCGGCAUCAUCAGACCCUCUAUAGUGGGAGCCAGCUGGCAGGAGCCUUUCUCCGGUUGGAUCGACAACUUCAACGGGCCGAGCGGCGUCUUUAUAGCUGCCGGCAAGGGUAUCCUGCGCACCAUGAGGGCCAACAAUGAUGCGGUGGCGGACCUGAUCCCUGUGGACGUGGUCAUCAACCUCACCCUGGCCGCUGGCUGGUACACCGCUGUGCACAGACCGAAAACAGCGCUGGUGUACAACUGCACGACCGGCGGCAUCAACCCAUUCCACUGGGGAGAGAUCGAGCACCACGUGAUGUCGUCCUUCAAGAGGAACCCCUUGGAGCAGGCUUUCCGUAGGCCCAACGCCAACAUCACCUCCAACUACCUGAUCAACCAGUACUGGAUCCUGGUCAGCCACAAGUUCCCCGCCCUCAUCUACGACCUCUUCCUGCGUCUCUCUGGACAGAAACCGCAGAUGAUGCGCAUCUUUAAUCGUCUGCACAAGGCCAUCGGCCUGCUGGAGUACUUCAGCAGCCAGGACUGGGAGUGGAACUCGGAGAACAUGAGCAUGCUGAUGAGCCAGCUGACACCUGAGGACAAGAAGACAUUUAACUUUGAUGUGCGUCAGCUGAACUGGCCUGAGUACAUUGAGAAUUACUGCAUCGGCACCAAGAAGUACGUCCUGAAUGAAGACAUGUCUGACAUUCCCGCUGCCAGGCAGCAUCUGAGAAAACUGAGGAACAUCCGCUACACCUUCAACACCCUGUUGGUCAUUUUCAUCUGGAGGGUGUUUAUCGCCCGCUCCCAGAUGGCCAGAAACAUCUGGUACUUUGUGGUCAGCCUGUGUUUCAAGUUCCUCUCCUACUUCCGCGCAUCCAGCACCUUAACCAACUGAGUCUUCCUCAGCACCUCAUCCAGAGACAGCAGCCCCUCGCCUUUAGCCAUCAGCAGGACAAAACAUCUGAGACUCUGACCAUCCACCAAUGACACUCCAAAUCCUCCUUUAGUGUGGAUUAGCGGGGCUCUCUACAGGUGGGGGCUGCAGUUGAGUGAAGCACUCAGGAGGGAGGGAAAAAAAGAGGUCUACUAGCCAUGAAUUAUUUGUUUAGUUUGGAAAUCUGUCGUCAGUACUUGCACUGUUCAGUCACCAAACCCCGUCCAAAAAAAGUGUUGUCGUUCAUUUUGAACCUACCAUUUUCUUCUCAAAGUGGCCAAUUAUAUAUGCAACAAUAAGCCUUUUGUGUGACUUCCACUUUCUUUUCCACGUCAUUGUUUCCAUCCUCUUGAAUCUAGGUACAUUGCCUUGCCUUGUGAUGAUUUUUGUUUCAUACUUGAAAUAUGGCAGUGCGUCAGUGGAGGACAAUUUCUAUAAGAUUAUUUUGGUUCUCUGUUUUUUACUGUUGGGAUAUCCAAUUCCUCUCUUUAAUACGCAGGUGAUUUGGAUAUCUGUGUGUCUUGCAUCACGUGUAUCUACUGCCUUUUUAAAGAUUACACACACAAACUGACUGGUUACCUGUCUCAAGGCCAAUCCACAGAUAACUGAGACUAGUAUUAAAGCUCAAAUCUGACCACACAAGACAAAUGUAUCACUACAAAUACUGAAACAUACAGAUCUACCAUCUUUCCUGCUGUUGAGGUUGUCACUUAUUUACUAUCACAAAUGAUAAUGUCAGUAUGUCUUUGAACAUAAACCUUGUUUGUCUGAAUGCUCAUCCACUUUUUGCCUGUUUGUACAGCAGUUUGUACUGAAACUAAGUUUACUACUUUUACAUCUUUAUACUUGCGUCAAAGGCUAGUCUGAUAUACGUGGUAGACCUUGGCAGUGUAUUAUAUAUAAAUAAGAGUACAUCAGAGUCGAGUUUAUUUGUAUAGCCCAGUAUGAUAUAUUGUACAAUGUUUCCCAACAGUUCCCAACCGUUCCCAACCAAGCCCAAGGUUUCUAAGAAGGCAUCUUUCCCAAAACCUCAGCAGAUGAAAACUUCAAGAGGCUUUUCACAGUCAGAAAUGCCAGAUACAACAAUGGGAUUAUAAAAGGUUUAAUGAUGAUAUUGUUAAUCAAAGCAGUGGGUCCAGUUAAAGAAGUUGAAUAUCAGUGCUUCGCGUUAUGUCCAAGGUAGCACGUAUGUGAGUUUAAGGGACCAAGUUUGGAGCAGGCAGUUUGGAGUAGGGAUUCAGUCACUUUAAAGAUUGAAAUCCCAUUUUUUGCCUCUGGUGUGUUGGUGUUACACUAAAGUCACGGUGGUAAUUAUCUGUUAUUCUAAAAAAUAAUAAUUACCCAGAGAUAUUUGGGGGAGGAAAAAAAAACAGAAGAUCAUUUAAAACUGUACUGAAGGUAUUUCCACAGAUUCUUUUCGCCUUCUGGAUGGAAAAAAAUGUGUUCCAUCAGAUGCAGUAUGAAGAAUAUUUUUAUUGUUUCCAAAGUAGCCUGCGAGCUACCUUGGUAGGAAACGGAGUUGAAGCUCAGGAAAUGGGUCAAAAAACAUUUUUAUGAGAGAGAGAAUAUUUGUUUUUCAUCCAGAUGAAUAGAAGAGUCUUUGUGGAUUUAGGAAAAACUUUCAGAACAGCAGUAGUGUUGUUAAAUGACCUAAGUUUCUCUAAUAUCAUUGGGUAGUUAUAUUUCAAAGAAAAUAAUGGAUACCAAUGUGACACAAAUGUAAUGCGAAUACACGAGAGCCAUCAAAGUUAAAAGAACUAGUUAAAUUCUGUUGUAAGCUGGAAUUUUUCCAUGUCUGCUUCAUCUUUGUGUAAGAAAAUAAGAAAGAUCUAUGUCAGCCAGCUUUUGACAGCAAGUAAACAGGACAAAGCAUUGAGCAAUACUGGUUGCAAUAUAAAGUUGCGUGUCAUCUGCAUAGAGGCAAAAACUCAUGUUGUUGCUGCAAAUGAAGUUACCAAACAGAAGUACGUAGAGAAAAGUAGUGGACCAAGUAUGGAGCCUUGAGGGACGUUGUACCUUAAUGGAUGAAAAGAUGGACUGCUGUUUUUAAGCAGGACAAACUGUGAUCUGUAUGUUUGUCUGGACCUAAAUCACAAGUGCUAGAUUAUAAAUGAGGGCCCCCCUUGGUAUUACUCCCUUGAACCCAGGUUGGAAGAUCUGUAAAUAGUUGAACUUGCAUAUUAUUCUUAUAGACUACCAAAAAUUGUAUUUGACUGUUGAUUUUUUUUUUUUUUGCUUGGUGAGUGUCUUCACAGGAUUCUACCACAGAGCUUCCCAGAGUCUACCAAAAGUGUUAAGUGUGACAGGCAAGUCUGAUUUUUACUAAACAAACAAGAAAACUGUACAGUAUUGUAUAUGUUGCAAGGCUUGACUCUUGACCGAAUACGAAUACAUAAGUUAUGAGCCUUUUAUGGGAGAAAAAGGGACAAAACUAAAUAAAUGUUUAUGCAAAGCCCAUGUCUGUGGUGUAACCAUGGUAACUGUCUUUAAUUCCACUGGGGGACAAUGAACUAAAAAUGUCUGCAGUCCCACGAGGCCUGUAUGAUGAAGUGGUUUCAUCAGAAUUGUUCUCACAGAGCUACAGGGCUUAUUGUAACAAUGUCUUUGUUAUGGAGGUUCGAUCUGCAUGUCCCUGUGACGACAAAGUCUUUGCUGUUUGCACAGCACUGUUGACACAGGAACCCCCAAGACAGGACCUACGGGUACACUAUGUAAUGGCAACACGUGAUCAGUGGCGUCAUCUUUUUCUUUCUGGUGUCGUUUGCUAAUUGUUUGACCACCCUUUUAUUCCGUGCUCUGGCAACACUUUAUUCACGUCUGCUUGGAAAAACUGAAAUAAACCAGAGGAGAAAAAGAGCAAGUGAACCGCAGUCCAUUAAACUUCUCUUCUACCUCGCGAUGUAGAUUUACUCACUAAAAUUUAUCAUCAGCCACUUAAAACUGUGUCUUCUGUUUGAAGUCUGGGAAUAAAGAUUGCUGGCAUUUCUGAUUCAGCUGUGAAUACAAGAAAAUGUUGAGUAUUAAGUAAUUGUUCUGAAGUGUUUGCAGGGUUCAAAUGAUCUUAUCUGUCUUAAUUCUCAAGCUAGUCAAACUACUUGUAAUCCCUUACCAAUAUGUUUGCCAGUACCUGCAAACAGGGACCUUCUGAAAAUGGAUGUGAUUAAAUCAAAUUAAAAUGGAAGAGCAAUA